UCAGUUGUAUUUCAACAGCUGCUCGAACACAUUUCCAGGCAUUCUAAUUGGCAAGUCAAAUUGUCAACAUCACACUGAAACUUAAAGACAGAAAUAAAUUCAUAAAAUGUGCAUUUUCAUUGACUGUCUACUGAGCCCAGUAAUUCUGUGGCCGACCAUAAUCGCCUCGGCUAUCUACUUCUUGAAGGAAUAUAUGCAGGGCGGAAAGUUCACAAAGGUUACCAAUGAAACCGGCAAAGUGUUCAUUGUCACAGGAGCCAACACGGGAAUCGGCAAGGAGACAGCCUUGGAGAUUGCCCGUCGCGGUGGUACUGUCUAUAUGGCUUGCCGGGAUAUGAACCGGUGCGAGAAGGCCCGUAAAGAAAUCGUCCAGGAGACUAAUAACCAAAACGUCUUCUCACGCCAGUUGGAUUUGAGUUCCCUGGACUCCAUUCGAGAAUUCGCAGCUGGCUUCUUAAAAGAGCAGGAUAAGUUGCAUGUCCUGAUAAACAAUGCCGGAGUGAUGCGCUGUCCAAAAACCUUGACCAAAGAUGGUUUCGAAAUUCAAUUGGGCGUUAACCACAUCGGUCACUUCCUGUUAACCCACCUGUUGCUGGAUGUACUAAAAAAAACAGCUCCAAGCCGAAUUGUGGUCGUGUCCAGCUUGGCCCACACCCGAGGCACUAUUAACGUCAAAGACUUGAACAGCGAGAGGUCCUACGAUGAGGGACUGGCCUAUAGCCAAAGCAAAUUGGCAAAUGUUUUGUUCACCCGCGAAUUGGCCAAGCGAUUGGAGGGAACUGGUGUCACAGUUAACUCGCUGCAUCCUGGCGUUGUAAGCACCGAGCUUGCUAGAAAUUGGGCAUUCUUCCAAACCAACCUAGCAAAGUAUGUCAUCAGGCCGGCGAUUUGGCCUCUUAUCAAGACUCCAAAAAGCGGAGCGCAGACCACGAUUUACGCUGCAUUGGACCCUGACCUGGAGAAGGUGACUGGCUUGUACUUUAGCGACUGCAAGCCUAAAGAUGUGGCUCCUGCCGCCAAGGACGAAAAGACUGGAAAGUUCCUGUGGGAGGAAAGCGAAAAGUGGACAGGCUUGGGCAAAUCCGAGUAGGGUUAGAAGAAGCAUUUUAUUCAACAGUAAUACUAGCUGCUUUCCACGAGUAUGUUAAUUCAAUAAAUACAUAAUUGCCUAGCUUUCUUAAAGCGGUCUUCAGUUACAA